AUGUACGGCGAGCUCGGAAACAAGCUGGUCCAGCACGCGAAGCGCACGCAAGCGCUGACGCACCUGCCACCCUACCAAGCCGAAAUCGUGCGCGCAACGACGCGCGAAGUGCGGGAGCUGAACGGCGACGUGUCGAGCGUGCUCGAGCAGCGCGGCGGGGCGGGGGCGUUCAACCCAUCCGCGGACCCGGCGACCGCCUGCGCCCUGCUCGUCGCACACCUCGCCAUGCGCCGCAACAAGCGCUGCCUGCUCGCGUACCACCGCGUGCGCACAGACAAGCUCGACGAAAUGUGCUGGGCUGGCGUCGACGUGCUGGAGCGCCAGAGCGCGCUGGUGCUGGCGCAGCAGCAGGCGCAGCUGCAGGCUCAGCAACAGCAGCAGGGUGGCAGGCAGGCUUCGGCUUCGGACCUUACCGCUGAUAUGGGCAGUGCGAGCAGCUUGAGCCCUGAGGAGGAGGAGUACGUGCGCCAGUACGGCGAUUUGCUCGCGGCGUACAAGGGCCAGUGGACCGAUAUCGACCUGACGGGCUCGCUGGCCCCGCCGCAGGACCUCUUCAUCGACGUGCGCGUCCUCAAGGAUGCGGGUGAGAUCCAGACUGAAUACGGAGCCAUCACCUUGACCAAGAACAGCCAGUUCUACGUGCGCCAGGGCGACGUCGAGCGCCUGAUCGCUCAGGGCUAUCUGCAGCGCCUGACUUGA